AUUUAAGCCGGACCUACCUUGGUCAGUAACAAAAUAAUCAUCAUAUCUUGAUCGCGGCAUUUAAAUCUACAAUGAACUCUUUGUCAAAUUCAGUUGUUGUUAAACGAGUAAAAUCCAAAGAACUCUAAAAGGCGCGGAGAAAUAAACGACGCGACGCCAUGCCAGGGCAGAAGCGACGCCAUGUUAGGAUUGCUCAUAUAAAGCGACAUCUAGCGGUGGAAAUGAAAGAUGUACAAAUAACACCCGCAACUAAAUAAAAGGUACUAUAAAUGCUCAAACGCCUCGAUGUGUUUUUUUUUUACAUCACUGAAUAUUAUAUUGCCGGAUCCUAGGCAACAAAAAUCGCAAUGUGGUGCAUAAAAGUUGUAUCACAACUGUUUAAAAACAGCGUGGCAUCUGGAAAUUUAACAGCCGUUCAUACAGCCGGCCUCAAAUAUUUUGCGCCUCCAAUCAAGUACGAAAAUGUUGAAAAGGUGGAGCGUCCCAAGCUGCGAAUUGUCGAACGCCAGCCACAGCAUCCACCCAAUAUUCGGCCACCUAAAAUGCAGAAACGUUUGCGCUACAUGCGUGGUCCCGAGCUCGUGCACAACACCCUUCUUCACAAGCAGUAUGCUAUUGUUGCAGCUGGUGGCGGUCGACUACGUUGGGGUCACUACGAAAUGAUGCGUCUUACCAUUGGUCGGAAGAUGAACGUAAAUACAAUGUUCGCCACAUGGCGUGUUCCCGCACCGUGGCAACCAAUCACAAAGAAAGGCCAGGGUCAGCGCAUGGGUGGUGGCAAAGGCGCCAUCGAUCAUUAUGUAACUCCGAUUAGGGCGGGACGAGUAAUAGUCGAGAUUGCUGGCAGAUGUGAAUUCGUCGAGGUAAAGGGAUUCCUCCAACAGGUGGCCAACCAGUUACCAUUUAAGGCCAUGGUCGUCUCCCAGGAGAUGCUUGAGCAAAUGCAGGUUGACGAAGAGCGUAAAGCGCGCGAAAAUGAAAACCCAUUCACCCUAAAAUACGUUAUACAAAACAAUUUAAGUGGCUGCCACCGCUGGUUAUCGCCAGUGGACCAUAAAUGGUUUGGCAAACAUGCGUAGACCAGCCGACAUAGCUGUAGUUAUUAUGUGUGCUAAUAAUAAAAUUAUCUGUUGAUUUGUUAACGACCAAAA